CUUUCGGAGAUAGAAUUGUUAAGCCGGCAACAUUCAGCAAAAAUGUAUCGUAACCAAUAUGACACUGAUGUUACAGUUUGGAGUCCACAGGGGCGAAUUCACCAGAUUGAAUAUGCUAUGGAAGCAGUGAAGCAGGGAUCAGCAACAGUUGGUCUCAAAUCAACGACACAUGCUGUAUUAGUGGCAUUAAAGAGAGCACCAUCAGAGUUGUCAGCACAUCAGAAAAAGAUCCUGCCCAUUGAUGACCAUGUUGCUAUAUCUAUUGCUGGAUUGACUGCUGAUGCACGGGGAUUAAGUAAAUUUAUGCGUUCCGAAUGUUUGAAUUCACGGUAUGCCUACGAUCAGCCAUUGCCACUGUCAAGAUUAGUCACAAUGAUUGGAAACAAAUCUCAAAUUCCAACCCAAAGUUAUGGCAGACGACCAUUUGGAGUAGGACUUCUAGUAGCAGGAUACGAUGCAAAAGGUCCCCACAUCUACCAGACAUGUCCAUCAGCUAACUUUUUUGACUGCAAGGCGAUGGCAAUAGGAGCACGAUCGCAGUCUGCCAGAACUUAUUUAGAGAAACACCUGACUGAAUUCCCAGACUGUGACCUGGAGGAAAUGAUCAAGCAUGGUCUGCGAGCUCUCCGAGAUACUCUGCCAAAUGAAGUUGAUCUCACAACCAAGAACUGUUCUCUCGGAUUUGUCGGAAAAGAUGUCAACUUCACCAUUUAUGACAAUGAGGAAGUGGCCAAGUAUUUAGCGAUGAUCGAGGGUGAGGAAAAGUCUCCUGGGGCUGGUGCGGACGAUGAGCCAGCGGCAAUGGAGCAGGAUGGAGACGCACCACCAGAUGGUGACACUCCGGCACCUGAUGACGCUCCAGAGGUCGCCACAAUGGAGACUUAGGAUGUUCCCAGUAGUGUGUCACAAACUUGACAGUGUGUCUCGAGUCUGACAGAACUUUGUUCACAACUUUUAAGGCUGUGAAUAUGAACAAAUCAUAUGGGAAUCUGGCAGUGGCUACAUAUAUGUUCAUUGGCCAUAAGGAUGUUCAGAUAGUAAGACGGUGGCAUUUCAAAUUAUUAGCCAAGAAUGCGAGAUCAAACACAGAGUAAAAUUUGUUGAACACAAUAAGAUUUAUGACUUCUCUGCCAAACAGAAAGGUACCAUACUACAGUCAUCAUUCAUAAAAAGAAAAUGUAUUUUAUGAAAAGAAGCCCAAUGGUUUACAACAAUGAAAAUCAUCGGUGUCCUAAAGUUUACUAGCAACCUCUGUGCAGGUCAUAUGACUGAGAAGUGUUCCCAAAUGAACAGAGCUGCCAGAACUUACACUUCUAAUCUGGACACAAUGUACGUAUUGUAGUGUAAACUCAGUCAGCUUUUGAAAUUUCAGUGUCUUUAAAAUUCCAUGAUUCUGAGUUCUUUGUAAAAAAAUGUGCUACAUGCUGUUUUGAAUUGUGUUAAAAUCUGUCUUGGAGGUGGAAUGUGUGUCAGAUUUAUUGCACUAGAAUAAUACAAAAUGUUUUGUAAAA